CCAAGGGAUUUUUAGGGCAGUGAAACUAUUCUGUAUGAUCCUGUAAUGGUGGGUCCAUGACCCUAGGCAUCUGUCAAAACCCAUAGAAUGUACAACACAGAGUGAGCCCUCAUGUAAACUAUGGACUUUAGUUAAUAUUAGUGUAUCAGUAUUGGUUCAUCAAUUGUAACAAGCUUACCACACUAAUGCAAGAUGCUGAUAAUAGGAAAAAAUGGGGAGGGGGUAUACAUGGGAACUCUCUGUACUUUCUGCUCUGCUGUUCUAUAAACCUAAAACUAAAAAAGUAAGUCUAUCAUAAAAAAAGGAAGAAAAGGGAAAGAAAUCAUAGUAUUCCACAGAAAGUUGUAAAUAAUGUUUCCACAAUAUGUAAACACCACCAAUCUUUUGUUGCUGUUUUUUCUUCUGGCCACGCGGCACGUGGAAUCUUAGUUCCCCUACCAGGGAUUGAACCCUUGCCCCCUGCAGUGGAAGCGUGGAGCCCUAACCACUGGACCGCCAGGGAAGUCCCCAACACUACCAAUCUUAUCAAUAUUAUGAUGCAACUGUACCGGGAGGGUGGAAGACAGGAAGUGGAGGCAGUGGACAUCAGGGAGCUACAUCCUUAUCUUCCAACAUGGGAAGUUGAGAGGAAAAGUCUAAAAUUGGAAAAGCGUAACCUAAGACAUGCUAUGUAGGAAACACAGGGGUGAAAAUUACUAAUAAUCAACUAAGAGAGUGGAAACGGUUGUCCUUAAGAAGUGGGAAAUGAGAGCAGGAAAUGCCCGUGUUUCUUGAUAGAAACAGAUAGAGGGCUUCCCUGGUGGCGCAGUGGUUAAGAAUCUGCCUGCCAGUCUUUGUCUUGGAGCGGACGGCGGACAUCAUGGAUCAGGUAAUGCAGUUCGUUGAGCCAAGUCGGCAGUUUGUGAAGGACUCGAUUCGGCUGGUUAAAAGAUGCACCAAACCUGAUAGAAAAGAAUUCCAGAAGAUUGCCAUGACAACAGCAAUAGGAUUUGCUAUAAUGGGAUUCAUUGGCUUUUUUGUGAAAUCGAUCCAUAUUCCUAUUAAUAGCAUCAUUGUUGGUGGCUGAGUACCUUUUUAGAAAAGUGUUUUUCAUCUUGGGGAUUGGUGAACAAAUGAGGAUUAGAGAUGCUCAUGGAGUGAAAUUUUCCCUAUAUGUUUUGUGUUUUUCUUUCUUUCUUUUUUUCUUCCAAGAUGUUUUCUAUUUGUAAAUUUAAAUAAUUUAAAAAAAAAAAAAAAGAGGGCUUCCCUGGUGGCUCAGUGGUUGACAUUCCGCCUGCCGAUGCAGGGGACACGGGUUCGUGCCCCGGUCCGGGAAGAUCCCACAUGCCGCGGAGCGGCUGGGCCCGUGAGCCAUGGCCGCUGAGCCUGCAGAGCCUGUUCUCCGCAGCGGGAGGGGCCACAACAGUGAAAGGCCCACGUACCGCAAAAAAAAAA